AUGUCGAGUCCCUUUGUCUCAAGUUUCCAGCCCAUCACAGGUCCAUUUAACUCCAUUUCAAAUAGAUACUGCGAAGAGUUUAAGUCAAACAAUCAACACCAGAAACAAAUAUUGAAGCCAAACUUGAGUGUGCCAGCAGCAACAAAAACAGAGAGGAACCCUCUUUGCAAAAGUACCGGUGAACAUUCAAUGAUGAGCGUGGAUGGCCUUGUACACGAGUCUGCAACAACAGCUCCAGGCCAAAGCAAAGCACCAACUUUAAAAAAGCAAUCAUUAAACCUGCCUAGGUUACACAGUCCACAUCGCCCUCAACACAAUCUAAGGCGAUACAGCUUUGAAGAUUCCCAAUCUGAAUUUGGAGAUGCACUAGAAGAAGAAGAGGAAGAAGAAAAAGAAGAAAAAGAAGAAAAGGUGAAUGAGAGUAACGAACAACAUCAAGAUGAGCAGAAUAAAGAAAAUGCUUCAGACAGCUUGACUAGAUCUCCUCCACCAUUCCCAGCUUCGCAAGUAAAUACACCAGAUUACCAUCUUCAAACUUCACUUGGCCAGAUAAAUGAUGGUAGUAAUAAACAUUAUAACAUAAACAAUAACAGCAACAACAUAAACAACAUGAACAACAUGAACAAUACACAAACUGCAACAACAGCAGCAGCAGCAGCAGCAGCAGCAGCAACACCUACAUCUUCAUUUCCACGACCUCCAACCAAUAUUCUUUCACACGGCUACCAAUCAUCAAUCUCAUCAGUAUCCUCAAAUGGAUCCAGCCACUCAUCACCCGGCCUACUAAACUAUUCACCAAAACACUCUAGAAAAUUCAAUUCUUUCCAUUUAAACAGAAACACAAAGAACUUGUCAUUGAAUCUAAAUUCACACGAUGCUAGUCGAGGAUCUUCUUUAGAUGCUUCCAUAUCAUCAAGUCUCAAAAGACCACAUUUCCAAAAUAACGGAACAAACAUGCUCUAUACUGAAGACGCAUUGCAUACACCAUCAGUAACACAAACACCUCCUAACCCACCUGCAAUUGCCCAAUUCCAAUCAUUAUCAAAUAGCGAAGAGCGUAUUCGAACACGCAAAUUCAAAUUCCCCAUGCCCCCUACGACAGAAAAUGAGAAUGAUCAAAUCUCAUCCACGAGCAGUAUACGCGACGGUUCCAAUUUGUUUGCAAAUGAGCAUACAUUGCCAUCUAACUUUUUUCCAGACAUGCAAGCACCCACGAAUCUAAAUCUUAAUACAAAUACAAAUGCAAAUGCAAAUCUAAAUACAAGCAAACACCCACACAUGCAAACACUCCCUCAACCGCCGCCACCACCGCCAUUUGCCCUUCAUUCCAAAUCAUCGCCACUCUCAACACCUCCAAUGUUGCAAAGUCCCACUCAGGCACAUCACAAUGCAACACCAACUAAGUUACUGCAGAAUAUCAAGAAAAUGUCAAUUGAAUCGCCAUUGGAGACAAACUUUAGCAAAGAAAUUACACAGUCGACGCAUUCACUGCAACUGCAACUGCAACUGCAUCUGCAACAACUGUUUCUGCUGCCGAUGCCGAUGAUGCACACGCCACAAAAUAUAACGUACAAAUUUAAAUCUAUGAUACCCGAGGAGUUGCAAGAAUCGUCUGCAAUCAAUGCUUAUCCCAAGGGCCCGAGAAACGUACUCAACGAUUUGAUUUUCCUCUACUCAGACCCCAUCAACAAGAUUGAUCUCAAUGAUUAUAACCUUGUAAUUAAUGUUGCUAAAGAAUGCAAGAAUUUAUCGAGUACCUACCACAAUCAACAUUUGGGUGAACGAGAAUAUAUCCACGUCCCAUGGUCACACACCUCAAAUAUUUCUAAGGAUUUGUCUUCAAUCACGGAAAAGAUUGACGAGUUCUACAGCAAGGGGUUAAAAGUCCUUGUGCACUGUCAAUGCGGGGUUUCGAGGAGCGCUUGCGUCAUUGUUGCAUUCUACAUGAUGAAAUUUGGAAUGGGUGUUAAUGAAGCUUAUGAAAUGUUGAAGAAUGGCAACACCGAAAGAGUCAUUAGCAAGGAUAUUGAACAAAAAGAGUUGGUGGUGGUGGUGGACAAGUGCGAUCGGAUAUGUCCCAAUAUGAGUCUCAUUUUUGAAUUGAUGGAGUUUGGAGAUAAGCUUAAUAAAUUGGAGUUUAGCACUUCGCAAUUAUUGAUUAUGUCGCCGCUGCAGAUCAACUUGUGA